CGACAAUGCCUUUCGACAAUAUUCAUUGCUUGGUUUAGUGUGGAUUGCAUCGAUUACGGAGACACCAGUUAAAUAUGUCCUAGUCGCCAGAGGCUGUUUACGAAGCGUACAUCUCCGCCUGACAGAAUGAGAGUUCUGUUAGAUUUCAAAAAUUUCAUCGAUUGAUUCCUCGUCGCUUCAGUCAAUUUCUUUUGCAAAAGGGACAUGGAGACAAUCCCAGCACCAAAAGACAUCAAGAGGGAAGCAAUCUCUAGGGCGUUCCAAGUCGGUCAGGAAAUUGUCGGGGAUUUUCGCUGAGCUCAACCAACACGGAUAGGAUGGUCGCGUUCCGACCACAUGCUCCCUACACAAACCUUACCACUGCGCCUGGAAAGAGACUCAUGGAUUCUACCGUCUAGUCGACUUGCCCUGGACGAACAUCGACUCGGUCGCUUUCCUCCUUGGUUCCCCGGAGGAGGUUUGCACGAGGCCUGCGCUGACAAGACUGCGAGCCGUGCCAAGAUCGCCCGAUGCCCGAUGCCCGAUGCUACAUUGAGCCCUGCAUUGGCCCGUUCAACACCCUCACUCGGGGAAUCUGGGUCCAACCCCCAGCACGCACAAAAAGCGGGAAAGACCCCGACAUCAACACACCCAUCUUCGACAAGGCGGUCCCCCGGUCCCCCAACGUGAACGACAACCAUCCUUGACUCGGAGGCAUGUUAAUCACAUAUCGAUGAGUUCGCUGAUUGGAGGGUCAAGAUAAAGCAAUGCUCGCUCGGCUGUGGAACUUUAGAUCUACAGAUCUACUCCAUUUUAGCUGGUCUUCAUUGUGAAAGGUAGGCGCAAUAAUGUUCGCUCCAGUUCUAGAAUCACAAAUGUGGAAAGAUCAGCCGACGAAAUGUCCCGUUCGGCACUAGCGGCUUUCGGAAAGGCCCUUAAGGGGGAAAAGUGGCAUUGCUCGGCUAAGGACUGUAUUAUCGUACACUGAACUCGGUCUCUCACGUCAGUCGAAGGAAUAUCAAGCUCAAUAGGUGGUUGACUUGGGAACCCUUUGAAGAUUCACAGAAUUAUAUAUUAGAUAUUCACGCCAGACAACUAAUCACGCGGACCGGUCCAUCACGCAGAACUCUGUCUUUGCCUACCCGUGAUCUCUAUCUCCCCAGAUUCAAUUUCCGGGAUGAAGAUGGCGCUGCGUGCCUGCGAACCCUGUCGUCAGCGGAAGAGGAAAUGCGAUCGGGUCGUCCCCAGUUGCAGCUUGUGCACGAGAAACUUCCGUCAAUGUUCCUAUUCCGUGGGCGCUCUGAUUGAAUUUGACGAAUAUGCGAAUUACCUGUCUCGGGAUUCCAGGCCAUGUGAAGCCACAGCCAGUCGGCUAUACACUACAUGGGCUAUCGAGUCGCCUGACAUCCCAGAUUUCUAUCCCAUCGAAUUCCGAUGGUAUAUGCCUCAGUUGAUUCGGUGCUCGCAGUUUUUGAAAAUGUAGGUGUGUCCGGAAUUCCAGUUGACAACGCCAGCUCCGCCUACCUGAUGCAAACUACUUGGAUGAAAGGCGCCCUGAAUGAUCCCUGCCUAUUCCAUGCCACCCUCUUUGCGGGUUCUUCUUGUUUUGAUCUCCUCCGCACCGCGAAGCAAAGCCCGAUCACGCUGUUUCACCAGAAUGAGGCUAUCAGAAUUAUUAACCAGCGCCUAUCCAACCCGACCUGGGCAUUGGAGGACAGCACCAUCCUUGCCAUAACUCCGCUCGCUCUAUUUUCAGCGCUGAAUGCCGACCAGACAGCUGCCAAUGUUCAUCGAAUGGGGUUAGAGAGGCUGGCCCAGCUUAGGGGCGGCCUCGACAAGUUGGGCCUUGACGGACUUACGUCAACUCUCAUCAAUAGGAACACGAUGAUAUAUCACAUAGCAUUCGACACUGACCGCAGAAAUGACAUAUCAGUACCGCCAAUUGGUCUCGAGUCGCGAAUCCUGGAUCCCACGACUAAAGGCAACACCAUACCGCCAUACCUAUCUAUAUCAUUGGUCAAACAGCUCUUUCAAGAGAUUCAUAAUUUUAAACUCGACUGGAUUUCCAAGAUUUCAGCAACCGGUCUACGCCACCCGUUUGUCGACCGUAGCGGGCCAGAUUUCAGGUUUAAUGCAAACCUACCGGCCACGCAGGACCCUAUUUACCAUUGCUGCUUCCUCGCCACACAGAUCUUCUGGGCAAUGGUCGAUGGUAGGAAGCAGGUUCUUGAUGCACUGGUCGCCAAUUUGAAAGCAUUCCUGUCCUUCACAGAUGAAAAGCUUUGGCUCUGCUAUCUCCCUGUCGAGUAUUCCUGGGUAUGUUUCACUGGAGCAGCCGCAUCCAGGGAUGCGGAAUUACGCCUCUGGUUCUAUUUCAGGCAGUCAUCGUCCGUAAGGCUAGUCAGGGUAUCCGAGGAGCCUGGGUACCUAGGUGACUUAUGGUCACAUCUUCAGUGGCUCAGAAUGAUCGGGCUGUAAUUUGAGCCACUCAAUUUCACCACACUUGAA